AUGGUGGUUGUUUACGGCUACGGUGGCUCUGGUAACGGUGGCCUUUCGUUUGGUGGCGCCAUUGCCAUAGCCGUUGUCGGUUUUUGUGUUUGUGUCUUCAUUGGCAUCAUGUGCUGGUACUACCGCCGCCGUAAAGUGAAGCUUCUCCAACAGCAGUAUAAGCAGCAGAAUUUUAACAGCGAAACGGCUUACGGCCCCGGCGUCAGGCCCGAGACUAUUAAUGUGCAGCUGGUGAACCAGGAAACUCGGAUCCACAACGAGACAAACAACACAGCGUUUAUGUAUGUGCCGCCAGAGACGCCUUCGGCACCACCUCCAGCGUACGAUGCAUCUCACAGAGACGUUCGGUUGCAGCUGGCGGUAUAG